AAAGGCGAUAGCAUGUACGACGCCCUGGAAGGUGAUGGCUGCUGCUGGUUGGCUGCUCGCCGAGCCGCCGGCGGUCUGCCUCUUGGAAUUCCAGGUUCAGUACCUCGGCGAAGCAGUUGCCACGGUAGCCGGAGAGGCAAGGAGCGGCCGACGCAGAAAAGAACGGCUGUCUUCGUACGCGGUAGAAGCGGGUCCGCGUCCUAUUCGCCACGAGCAUUCGCACGAACGACGCGCGUUUUUUUUCCUUCCUCCUGAUCGAAGCCGUGCAAUGCGUUCGAGCCAAGUUGCCAUCUAACGGCUGAGACACGUGACCUUAGAGUACAUGCGCUGAAUCGAGGCACCCGUUCCUCUCCUCGCUCCCAUUGGUGUAAAAUGCCCCUCGUUCUCAUUGGCCGAAAAGAAGUCGUGCGAAUAAUUCGUUCCGAGGCAGGCUCAGUCGGCAGCAGCAGCACCACCGACGGCGCUCGCGUCGGUACUCCUUUUUCGACGGAUCCAAUUCCGAUGCGACAACGCAGGAGAUGACAGAUCCGUGCCCUUUCCCCUUCUCUUUCUCCCCACCCCACUCCCUCAGUCCGCCUCUUCGCCUCUCCGUCUCCCCAGUUCCGAGCCUCCAGCUGACUCCUCCCCCAGCGGAAAUUCCGGCAUCCGACUGCUGUACUCUUAUCUCCUCCUUACCUGC